CGAGACAGAAGCACAACUACCACCUAGUCUCGCUAUAAGUCUAUUUUAUUGUUGUUUUUGUUGUUUUUGUUUCUGUCUAAUACUUUAUGCUUUACAUCUGACUACCCGCUCUAACCAACUUCCAUCUCCCUGUCGCCGUCGAUCGCAUGAGCUUGUUGAAUUACACAUUUCCCGUAUCUUUUUUGCCUUCACAUUGAACCGUACUGCUCCCCAUUCACCGUUCAUAUUGCAGCUCCCCACAGCAAAAACGAUCGGUCCAUGUACCUGUUUUCAGGAUGAGCGAUUCAAAAUCGUUGUCCGAGUGUCUAAAAUCCCGCGUCAUAGAGCUUGGUAUCACACGCAGGGUCAAGGACGGCCGCAUGGUGACUGUGCUACUAGAGAAUAAGAGCGAGAGGCCGCGAUCCCGAGAAAGCAGUGGCAGCAAUGCUUCAUUGCGUUCGGCACCACCCACCGGUAUGACGCGCUUCGAAGCCGCUCGCGAGGCUGCUCGGGCCUGGAGCGGCCAUAAGGAGUUAUCGAGAAGGGGCUACUCUUCGCCAGCUUCACAGGACUCGGCGCGUUCCACCCGCAGCGCGCCGGCUUUGAUCCACCGGAAAGUUCUGUCGCCGUUGAAAUUUCACCGUAGGAACACUAGCCGCGGUGGACCAUCGAAAAAAUGGCUUGAAGACCAUGAGGAGACAAUGAGUAGCACAAUCAGCGAUUCUGAGCAGUCCUCUUCCGGCACUGAUCAAACAUUAUCGCGGUCUCGUCGCUCAAAACCCCGGAAGGAUCACAGCCGGAGACAGGCAUCACAUAGCCGGCAUCACGUUGAUCAUCAUGAGGAUCGAGGGGAGACCCAAGGUCCGAGUACUCUGGUGGACAAUGAAGCUUCCGGGCAUAUAUCCCGUCAAGGGACAGAAAAGGCAACCAAAACAUCCCAGGACCUUGGCCUUCCAGCUAGAGGUACCACCGGCAUAUACUCUAAUCCCGGACCGAAUACACCCCAUCCCACUUUUCCUGGCUUUACACACCAGCAAACACAUUAUCAUCAUCCUCUGGAGGCCUUUGCCGCCCAACAUACUAAUAUGGGACCGGGAGCCACUCAAGACUUUCUUGGAACUUCGGGCCAGGGGACCACGAAUGGAUACCACGUGUACUAUGUGCCUCGGAGCUACCCGUACCAAAUUCCGCUUUUCUCACCGUCGGCCGUCAUUCCCCAGUCUUUCGGCUCUAAUCAAAUGACAAAUCCACAAGUCCAGACGGUAACUGCCUCUCAAGCAGCUCAAGCAGCUGCUCUCACCGUCACGCCCAGUGGGAAUAAUGAGCCAGGAAGGUCUAAAGAUGGUACCACCGGGGGCCAAGCGCCUCAGUACCAGACACCGCGAGUUGUCGUUUACACGGCCGCCAGCUCUGGUGAUAGCACCGCAACACGUCUUGUUUCGCCGACAUAUAGCGUCGAUACCUCCCAACCCUCAGGUCUCGAGGAGGCUUCCACGGCAACCACUAACAGCACAAUGGCUGUAAGCACCGAAAAUAAUUUCAACGGUCAGCCGAACAGAAAUGGCGAACUUGAUAGGAUAUCGCUUGACUCGCAAGCCGUACCUCGACCGGAUAGCAUGCGAUCCGAGGCCAGUACAAAUUCCAAAGCCACCAGCCGCGCUCAUGGACGCCUCCUGGGACCUUUGAGCAAGCACUAUUUCUGCUUUGGUUGUGGCCGGGUCCGAUCCAAACGAUUCCACAGGCAAAACCCCCUCAAGGAUAACCGGGAUCCAGACACCAACUACUGCGCAAACUGCCGUCGCGAGCACGCAAAGAAGGCAGCAGUACAUGAUUCGGUCUCCUUGCUCUCAUCGGUGUACCCUGAAGUUGUGAUGCCGGAGUCGUCAAGCAUCGGAUCUACAAGCCACCUGAGCCACUCCAGCAAGUACCAAUCUCUCCGACAGAGCUCUGCCGGACUACUGCCAGAUACUCCAACAAGGAAACCAACCAGUCGCGAGGGCGGUAAACUCCUGUGUGACUCCCCGGCGCAGAACCGCCUGAUAUCAAGCCCUAGGAAGCCAACUUCAAGGCUCACUACCCCUCCAAGACGGGCUCUUCCUCGAUCUAGCUCUGCGAAGGCAAACAGCAAUCUCCGAAACGACCACAGCCAAGCCUAUCGACCGCCUAGCGUCGAGUCUGUUAUCGACUCUUCUCUCGAAUAUUCCAAUGAGGCGCCGAGGGUUGCGAAGCAUAGAUCGAAAGCUCGAGUUUUCUCUGCUAAGAAAGUUGGUGCAACUGAAACGGGAGCUGUUCCAGGCAUUUCCUGCCUUCAACACCCUAACGAGCCAAGGACUGCUCCUUUGAGCAAUGAUCCAAAGCAGGUUCGGUUCGACCAGCGACUCGAAGAGUGGUUCAACCAGUCCUCGCAAGCACAUGUAGACGGCAGCGAGGAGAGCCAAGAUUGGACGGUUCAACCCGACCAUGACAAGGUCGAGAACAACGAAGACGCCGUCGGUGGUGUAAGUUCCAGCAACAGCUCACCCACUGUCCUUGGGGAGAGUCAGAUCUCUGGUGUCAAAGUUCCAAAUGAAAACAUGUUAUUCAGAGAACCGGUUAAUGAGGAUGAGGGUGAAGAGGAGGAGGACGAGGUUGAUGAUGAUGAUGACCCAUUCGCCAUCCCAGCUCGCUCUCAUAAGCCCAAGCUCUUCCCCGUCACCAUACGCAUGGUCACAGAUGAGUCGGCCGUGUCUACCCGACAGGAGUCAGUCUCGCCGACACCCGUGCCACGCUUCCGAAGUAUAUCUGACAGGGGCAGUCCCGUAAGGAACUUUUCUGAGAAAUUGGUUGCCACUAAACACGCGCCCGUAGCUCUGCGACCUCAGUCCCCGCUUGCAUCUCGUCAAACCCGCGGAGAAGAGGCCUCCACUGUGGGCUCUCACUGUGAUCAAGAAUCAGACCAGGUCGAUGAGAACCACCCUGAGGUGAUUGUACCCGCGACCAGCAGAUCUCGACGCGCCGCGCCAGCUCCAGUCUCUACCUCAGUCUUCCAGUUCCGCACCAGCGGCCCGCACAACUACUCCCCCGUACACCCAACUCCGGCCUCGGCGCCCCUGACACGCAAGGCUUUCGACUUCUCAUCCCUGGCCGACGAUUACCGGGACGAGUCGGAUCCGUUUUACUCCCACUCUCUAUCUGAUUGGGAGCUAGAGCAGCGUUUUCAGGAGCUCCACCAAGCCAGCUCCUGGGCUGGCUGCGAUACACAAGAUGGCCUUGGUGUCUUUGCAGAGUAUGAAGAGGGCGGCUCUGAUAUGCUCGAUGAGGAGGGCACCGACUGUGACUAUGGCCCGCUACACCCUGAUGAUGGCUACUUUUCCAUGGAAUAA